AUGGAAUCGAAUCCCACCCACGGCGGCGGCGAUGACACCUCUGAGACGCCACCUCCGCCGCCAACAGUGGACCCGCUGGAGUCGUUGUCACCGUCUCCGCCGCAGACGCUACAAAUGAAGGAAGAGGCCAUGGACGCGGAGCAAGGCGGUGACGUGCCACCUCCAAUGAACGUUAUUCCGAUGCCGGCGGUGAAGCGGCCAUCAAAGGACCGGCACACGAAGGUGGAGGGGCGAGGUCGAAGAAUCCGGAUGCCAGCGACUUGCGCGGCGAGGAUCUUUCAGCUGACGCGCGAGCUGGGGCACAAAUCCGACGGAGAAACAAUCCGGUGGUUGCUCGAGCAUGCUGAACCUGCGAUCAUCGAGGCCACCGGAACCGGAACAGUUCCGGCUAUUGCAGUAUCGGUCGGCGGCACUCUCAAGAUUCCGACAUCCUCGGCGGCGAGACCCGACGGAGGAGACACCCCAAAGAAGCGAAGGAGGAGAGCGUCGAACAGCGAAUUCAUCGACGUGAACGAAAACCACGUUUCGGUGUCUUCAGGGCUGGCACCAAUCGCGCAAACCGCGUAUGGCGGUGUUGCGGGUGGUGGUGGUGGGGGAGUAGUUCCUCUGUGGAAUGGUAGCGCUUCAGGGCCUUUCUUCAUGUUUCCAAACGCUUCAAACCCGCCUCAGUAUUGGGCCAUUCCAGCAACCGCGGCCCCGUUUUUUAACAUGCAGGCCCGGCCCAUUUCGGGGUUCGUUUCUGCCUUGCAGAUGCAUCAACAGGAUAAUCACUCCUCAAAUGGUGCUGCCUCCGAUUCUGUUAACUCUUCGUCCACUCUGCCUUCUAAUAUGACCUCGGUGAGUGUCACCACUACUGCUGCUACUGCCUCCUCCUCUUCCACCUCCUCCUCCGCUGCUACAACCACUCAAAUGCUCAGGGAUUUCUCUUUGGAAAUUUAUGACAAGAAAGAGCUCCAGUUUUUGGGUCAAGCGCCACCUUCUUCAAAGCCUUGA